CGGCGGCGGCAGCGGCGUUGGCGCUCUGGUAGUGGCGCGAGGCCGGCCGGCCGACAGGGGGAGGCGGGGGGCUCGGGGCAGCCCCGCCUUCUCCCCCCCACCUCACGAGCCACUGGGCGGCCAUAUUGCGGAGCUGUCUGCGGUGGCAGCGGCGCCUGUCCUCUCCACACCGCUCCUACCAGCGCCUCUCCCUCCCUGCCGCAGCGCCAGGCGCGGCAGUGCCGCUGAGCGCCCCAGCCACACUCCGGGCGGGAGGACCCGCUCUCUGUUGCGAAGGUGACAACAGAAUUUAUAAAAGUGAAGAAACUUUAAGAAGGUGACAAGAAGAGAGAGAAAAUGCCGAAACCAAUCAAUGUGAGAGUAACCACAAUGGAUGCUGAGCUGGAAUUUGCCAUCCAGCCCAAUACCACUGGCAAACAACUUUUUGACCAGGUGGUGAAAACAGUUGGUUUGCGUGAGGUCUGGUUUUUUGGGCUGCAGUAUGUGGACAGCAAAGGUUAUUCUACAUGGCUUAAACUAAAUAAAAAGGUUACACAGCAAGAUGUUAAAAAAGAGAAUCCUUUACAGUUCAAAUUUAGAGCUAAAUUCUUUCCUGAAGAUGUUUCUGAGGAAUUAAUUCAAGAAAUAACCCAGAGACUUUUCUUCUUGCAAGUCAAAGAAGCUAUCUUAAAUGAUGAGAUAUAUUGCCCUCCAGAAACUGCAGUCCUUUUGGCUUCCUAUGCUGUCCAAGCAAAGUAUGGAGAUUAUAACAAAGAGAUUCACAAACCAGGCUACCUGGCUAAUGAUAGACUCCUACCACAGCGUGUUUUGGAACAACACAAAUUGACAAAAGAGCAGUGGGAAGAAAGAAUACAGAACUGGCAUGAAGAACAUAGAGGAAUGCUAAGGGAAGAUUCUAUGAUGGAAUACCUGAAGAUUGCACAAGAUCUAGAAAUGUAUGGAGUCAACUACUUUGAAAUAAAAAAUAAAAAAGGAACUGAAUUGUGGCUAGGUGUUGAUGCUUUGGGUCUGAAUAUUUAUGAGCAUGAUGACAAGUUAACUCCAAAAAUUGGUUUUCCCUGGAGUGAAAUCAGAAAUAUUUCAUUUAAUGACAAAAAAUUUGUUAUAAAGCCAAUUGACAAAAAGGCACCUGAUUUUGUUUUUUAUGCACCUCGUCUGAGAAUCAAUAAGCGGAUUUUGGCUUUGUGUAUGGGAAACCAUGAACUGUACAUGCGAAGAAGGAAGCCCGAUACUAUUGAAGUACAACAGAUGAAGGCUCAGGCUAGAGAGGAGAAACAUCAGAAGCAGUUGGAAAGGGCGCAGUUAGAGAAUGAAAAGAAGAAAAGAGAAAUAGCAGAAAAGGAAAAGGAAAGAAUAGAACGGGAAAAGGAAGAGCUAAUGGAACGUCUAAGGCAAAUUGAAGAACAGACACUGAAAGCCCAGAAAGAACUGGAAGAACAGACUCGAAAAGCUCUGGAAUUGGAUCAGGAACGAAAACGAGCAAAAGAAGAAGCAGAAAGGCUUGAAAAGGAGCGUCGAGCUGCUGAAGAGGCCAAGUCAGCUAUUGCAAAACAAGCUGCUGACCAGAUGAAGAAUCAGGAACAGCUAGCAGCAGAACUUGCUGAAUUCACUGCCAGGAUUACACUUCUAGAAGUAGCCAAGAGGAAAAAGGAAGAGGAAGCUAAUGAGUGGCAACAAAAAGCUUAUGCAGCCCAGGAAGACUUGGAAAAGACCAAAGAAGAGUUAAAAAGCGUAAUGUCUGCCCCCCCUCCACCUCCACCACCACCAGUCAUUCCUCCAACCGAAAAUGAACAUGAUGAACAUGAUGAAAAUAAUGCUGAGGCUAGUGCUGAAUUAUCAAAUGAUGGGGUAAUGAACCAUAGAAGUGAGGAGGAACGUGUAACAGAAACACAGAAAAAUGAGCGUGUUAAAAAGCAACUCCAGGCAUUAAGUUCAGAAUUAGCCCAAGCCAGAGAUGAAACCAAGAAAACACAAAAUGAUGUUCUUCAUGCUGAGAAUGUUAAAGCAGGCCGUGAUAAAUACAAGACUCUGCGACAGAUUCGACAAGGCAAUACCAAGCAACGUAUUGAUGAGUUUGAAGCAAUGUGGGGACCCAAACUGUAUGCAUUGUUCCAGAUGCGUUCUUGCCAAAACAGCAUAAAGCAAAUGUAACAGUUAGGACGAAGGCUCCCUCCCUCACUAGAGCAAAGCCUUCAAGUGAGUGUGACUCUGCCACUGUCGUCAGAAGUAGGAAAAUAAAUUUUCUGCAUGACUCACCGGAAAAGUCAAGAUCAGAUGACAGAGAUUUUGAAUUAUCCAGAGAUUAAUUUGUUAAAGGAUCAAGGAAUUGGCAAUCACCACAUCACCUCCUUCAGCUUGAAAUGUUACAUAGUUGGCAGCCUCAGAAGAAACGCUGGCCCCUCUAUAAUUGAUUAUAAUGUUAUUGACCCGAGAAAAAGGACAGGGACUUCUAAGUGGCUCUCGGGUCCUUCUCCAGUGUUUAGGGUUUCUCCCUCGGACUCUCCUCCUGUUCUCUGUGGCCCAUAGGAUUAUGGUAGUGAGGAAUUAGAGGCAGCAUCUAUAGCCAUGGAUCAGCCUGAGCCAUGGUUUCUUCAGGGGUAGAAUGCUCUGCAGCCUCAGGGCCAGGCUGCAGCCCAGUUACCAGGUGGCCCCAAAGGCCCCUGGCAGUCAGGUGCAUUCAGACCCACAGCUUCUUGCUUGCAGCCUUCAGGCCUUGUCCUUUCUAUGAGGCGCUAGGCUGAUGGUAGCUUAGGAGGCUGUGUUAGACCUGAUCUGAAGACACUCUUUCCUGACCCCUGGGGUGGGAAGUGGCCUGAGGGGGGGAUGGUGGAGCUGGUGUAAAUACAGUGAGCUUGUCCUUUGGGUCCACAUGCCCCAGAGGCUGCUCAAUGACUUCUGUGAUGCCUGUCACAAAGGUUUAUAUGACUGUGACUACCCAAAAGGGAAUGUGUCUACACUGUGCUCUCCUAUCCUCAUCCUAAUUCUGGAUCUGAAGUUCACACGAUCCGGUACACUACGUUAGAGUCCCUUUGAGACCAAACAUAACCGUAGCCUGGCUGGGCUCAGAGGGUGAGCCUGUGGACCCACCGUCGUCCUGGAACAACAUGUGUGUCGCGGCCUUGCAUUUAUCCCUCUCAUAAUUCAAUGGAGAGCUCAGCCGUGGCUGAUGCUGCUUAGGAAAUGUGGAAAGGCUUUCUGGGCUGUGCUCAUUUCAACACUAUCAUGGUAAUAUUUAAGUUUCACUUUCUUCUUUCUUACCGAACUUUCCUGUUCACUAUGUCUUCAUGCAGGUCCCUGGCAUCUGACAUAUGGCGAACUGUAGGAUAAGGACCUACCAAGAUAAGCCCGAUAUUCUGUAUGUGAAUAUCCACCCCCCAAAGUCCAGAAUCGUAGCUGGAACCAGAUGGACACAUGUUCCCGAAACCAGGGCUCUUGCUGAUGGUUUUCUCCACAUCUCAGUUUACUGUUGGUUUUCCCUUUCUUGCUAUCCCGUCUCUCCAAACCCCUCUUGAUUGCCUUUCCUAGGGACUGACCUUGGAAAGACGGGCCAGGACUUGGGGAUUCUGUAUUGCACCCUGCCGGCCCAAGCCAGCGUCUGCGGCUCGCCGUCCCCAAGGCACCAUCCCCCAAACAUGCCGGAAGGCAUCGGCUUCUCAGAGCCCACUUUUAGUCUGCAUGACCAGCUUGCAAGGAGGGAUAUAUGGAGACAAUUUCCAAGAAUUUUCCACUUUUUCAAAAAAAAAAAAAGUGUGCGACUUAUUUUUGGCUUUGAACUGAGAGCUAACUCAGUGGUGUACAGCUCUGUUUGCUGGCUCACAUCUGUGAAAUCUGGAGACAUUGAUGCAACAUUCCUUUUCCUGUCUGGGCUGUUUGUAUAAUU